AUGGCAUCCUCGUCCCAGAACGUCCUGCUCUCGCCCGCCGAGCUCGCAUAUCUUCACGACUCCCUCUCCCUGACCCCUCCGAUCCGGCCCGAUGGCAGGACCGCGACGCAGUUCCGUCCGUUGACGGCCGAAACGGGCAUCCUGCCGGGCACCAACGGCAGCGCGCGCAUCUGUUUCGCCGACGGCACCGAGGCCAUUGUGGGCGUCAAGGCCGAGGUUGAGAAGACGCGACUGGCCUACAACCACGAGGAGGAGGAGGCUGCGAAGCUGGCUGCGGCCGCAGCAGCAGCGGCAGCCAACGAUGACGAGGACGGGGCGGAGCAGCAGCAAGGACAAAGAGCGGGACGGUCAGAGUGGGUGGAGCUUUCGGUCGAGAUGCCCGGCCUGAGAGAUGAUGACGCCAACACCAUCUUCCUUACGGAAAUGCUGAGCGAGGCCCUGCUUGCAGACGGAGAGUUUGCGAAGAAGCUUUGGAUCAACAGCAGGUUUCAUUGGAAGCUGUACUUGGACGUCAUCCUCAUAUCUCCGCCGCUAUCCUACCCGCUACCUUUGCUGUCCCUCACCACGCACCUUGCCCUGCUAGCCACACGGCUACCGCGCCUCAAAUCUGAAGGCGACGAGGACCCUCUUUUCGAUGACGAUUGGGACGUUUCGCCGUUCCUAUACUCACGGGAGAAGACAGCCGAGAGUGCUGCAACAUCUCGGCCACCAAUCACGCUUCUAGUGACUGCUGUUGGAGACAACAUCAUAUUCGACCCAUCCAAGGAGGAGCUUGCCGUGGCAGACGUAGCCAUCGCCAUCUCAAUUACCGAGGCGGCAUCGACGACAGCAAACUCUCCGGACGAUAUGGAGGUCGACUCCGGGGCGGUGAAGCCUUCGAGCAUUGGAGCCCGGAAUUUGCGCCUGCUUUCCAUCCGCGUCAUCGACCCUCCAUCAAGGUUGACGCCCUCCGGAGCAGCAGAUGAUACGGUUGUAGACACCGCUGCUACCAACACUAUUGCAGCACCCACUUUGGCGCCGCAGAAGCAAACAGAGGCCCGGAACACAGAUACUGAAGCAGUGGAAGGUGUUUGGAAACCGCCAAGAGGAGGAACAAAGUUGGCCGUCAUGAAUGCUAUUGUACAAAAGGUGCUAGAGAAGGGAGGUGUGGCUGAUGAAGUCUUGGACGCCUUGAAGUCUGUAGAGCUGUCAUGA